UUUCACUGCCAGGUUGAGGACGAAGCACAAUGACGGAAACUGACGGUGUCCAGUGCCAAAACAUAACCUACGCUAAAGGAAAUGGCGUGGACAACCUGGCUUUCGAAGAUGGCAUUACUGAUACUAACGGCUCCAAUAGCCAGACCAAAGGGACUAAAGAGAGAUUGGGAUCAUACUUAAGCCAAGUUUCCAAGCCGUUAAAUGCCACAGAGGAUUACAUCAAGGCACAUUCCCAAAACUUCAAAUAUGUCGUGCUGGGCAUACUUGGAGCAGGUUAUGUGGCGUACUUCAUCGCAGCCUGCCUAUUGGAUUUCCAGAGGGCCAUCGCUCUUGUAGUCCUCACCAGUUUAGCUAUUGUCGUUAAAUCAUAUGAACUUCUGAAGCAGUACAAAGGAGAAAGCAUCGUUAAGUGUUUCAGCCCCGCUGUAAAAUACUUCAAAUCUAACUUGAAAUGGCUAAAAUGGGUCUUCAUCUUAGCAGUUGUGGCCCUGCUUGUUCUGUUUCUCGCCUUUGACAAGUGGGAGUGCCCUGAGGAGCUAAUCCCGUUAGGAGGUCUGUGUCUGAUCGUCGUGCUUCUGUAUCUCUUGUCAGCAUACAGGACAGCGGUGUCAUGGAGGCCUGUGUUUUGGGGUCUCGGGUUGCAGUUCUGCAUUGGCCUUUUUGUAAUAAGAACAACGCCUGGGAACAUAGCGUUCCAAUGGCUUGGAAAUCAAGUGCAGAUAUUCCUUGACUAUACCAAAGAAGGGUCACGUUUUGUCUUUGGGGAUCUGAUCGAUAGCAUCUUUGCCUUUCAAGCUUUGCCCAUUGUUGUGUUCUUCAGCAGCGUGAUGUCAAUCCUUUACUAUUUGGGAAUAAUGCAGUGGCUCAUUUUUAAGAUCUCAUGGGUUAUGCAGAUAACGAUGGGAACCUCUCCCACAGAGACCUUGAGUGUGGCGGGCAAUAUAUUUGUUGGGCAGACUGAAGCUCCUCUGCUGAUCCGCCCUUAUUUGAAGGACAUGACCAAAUCUGAGAUCCAUGCUGUUAUGACUGGUGGAUUUGCCACCAUUGCAGGCAGUGUCAUGGGGGCAUUCAUCUCAUUUGGGAUUGAUCCGUCUUCCUUGCUUUCAGCCUCUGUAAUGGCUGCUCCUUGUGCUUUGGGCAUCUCCAAACUUUCUUACCCAGAGACAGAGGAGAGUGCCUUAAAGUCAGAGAAGAGUAUUAAAGUGUCUUCUGGUGAUGAAAAGAACAUCUUGGAGGCUGCUAGCAGUGGAGCGUCUGCUUCAAUAGGUCUUGUUGCAAACAUUGCUGCAAAUUUGAUAGCCUUCCUAGCCUUACUCGGGUUCAUAAAUAAAGCAUUGAGUUGGUUUGGCGGUAUGCUGGGACAUCCUGAUAUCACAUUUGAGAUGGUUUGCUCCUAUGUAUUCAUGCCGGUGGCUUUUAUGAUAGGAAUACCGUAUAAGGAGAGUUUCACUGUGGCUAAACUCAUUGGGACAAAGCUCUUCCUCAAUGAGUUUGUGGCUUAUCAGACACUAUCUGCACUGAAGACCAACAGACUCAAUGGACUUGAACAAUUUGUGGGAGGAGAAUUACAAUGGUUAUCUGUCCGGUCAGAAAUAAUCAGCACUUAUUCUCUUUGUGGUUUUGCCAACUUCAGCUCGCUGGGUAUUAUGAUUGGAGGCCUGUCCUCAAUAUGCCCUGACAGAAGAGGUGACAUCUCCUCUAUGGUGUUGAGAGCUAUGCUCACUGCAACUAGUGUAUCUCUCAUCAAUGCCUGUGUUGCAGGGAUCCUCGUUGUUACCCCAGUGGACUGCGUGACGCUGUUCGAAGCUUUCAAUGCCACCGAUGUAAAUAUACAAACUUGCUGCCAAGACCUUUUUCAAAGCACUGUUAACAACGGGACCAUCUCAUUUGAAGAACCGUGGAACACAGUAGCAAACACCACUGUGUUUUUCUCUAAAUGCUGUCAGUACUUUGGCCUCCCUAUGCCAGUGUGUUACUAGAAGAGGAAAGACACAUCAGUGUUGUUAAUUUACGGGUCUUCUCUACCUCUGUUGUAUAUUUGUAUCACACAAAUCUGACACAAGAUGAAUGUAUCUUUCAUGUAUAGUUUUGUAAUUUUAUGCAAUUUUUUUUUAAAGGAUUUAAAGGACACACCUUAAGAAAUAUACCUUGUGAAAUAUUCAGGCAUCAACAGUUUGAUAAGUGUGAAUA